AGUAUUUAGAACAAGCAUGGCGUCGCCCUGUCGCUGUUCGAAUCUUUUAGUAGGCUAUGUUCAAUAAUAUCGUACUUCUUUGCAAUUUCAUGGGCAACACUUUUACCGAAUAAAUUGAUAAGUAGACGAAUUGGCGGUUAUUAAAUCAUGGGGGUUCAGUGCUUGUUAUUCGGUGCGAAGUCCUGUCGAAGCUUUAUUUCAGCUUAUCCGAUGACAGGUAUUCAUUCUUCGAGAACUUUCAUAUCUACACCGACGCAGUUCGUUAAAGUAAAAGAAAUCGCAACCAUCUUGAGUCCAUUACGUUGCCAUUUGCUCGGCAAUCCAAAAAUCGACACUCCAGCCCGAAAUGCAAACACCUUCACCUCUACUGCUGUUGCUAAGGACGUGGUACUCUUCGAGCACGACCGGACCCGCUUCUUCAGACUCUUGGCCAUAUUUUGUGGCGGUCAAUUUCUGUUCUGGGCAUACUUGGCCCACUUUGCUUUCUCAAGUCUUCGAGACACAAGAAAAAAUAGUGGCGAGCCUCAAAAAGUCAGGACUGAGUUAGGGGGACUCUUCAGUUUUGAUAUGAACCUUGGAUCUAAUGCCUGGAGGUAUGGAUUCACUCUUGGGUGCCUAAUUAUUGGUGGUGGAAUUGUUGGCGUGGCAACAUUGUUCAGCCGUCGUUCAGUCAGUCGUGUAAUUCUGCAUAAGGGAGGUGGAAAGGUCACGGUGUCCACUCAGUCACCUCUGGGACCUCUCAGAGCUCACCAUCUAACAGUGCCAUUGACUCAAGUGGCCUGUCAUGCACAUAGACAGGAAUCGCCUUCCUUCAUCCCUCUGAAAGUCAAAGGUUACAAGUUCUACUUUCUUUUGGACAAAGAAGGGACACUGAACAAUCCUAAACUAUUUGACAUUACUGUUGGGGCCUACAGACCCCUAUAAUAUGUUCUUUACCUCCAUGUGUGACUGCAGUCAACUAUGGAUGUGUCAAACCUUUGCUAUUAAUUUUGUUUAAUUUUGUCUAUGGAAGAAAACAAAUACAAUGAUAGAAAAUUGAAUAAAUUGUAUAACUGAACUCAUUGUAACAUUUUUAUCUGGACACCUUAAAGAAAUAGUUCACCCAUAAUGAAAAUUAUGUCAUGACUUUGUAUUUUUUAUUAACCACAUAACUGAAGUGAAUGGUGACUUCAUGCUGACACAUCUCAUAAAGCAGGUUUUUUUUUAAAGUGUAGUCUGUGGACCCCCAGGGGGCCAAAAUAGGGUGCUAGGGAUCUGUGAAAAUUUUCAGAGAAACAAAGGGUAGAAAAUAAAAAGUUUACCAAAAUUUGACAUUAUUAAAUGAAACAAUUCCUUUUCUUUUUUUUUUUACUACAAAUAUCCACUUUCAAACAGCCAUCUUAAGUUCUCUUCCCUCUUAAGAGUUAUUUUGUUUUUGCGGAUUCACAUUCUUUUGUUCAUAUCGCCACCUGUUGGGCAGGGAGAAGAAAUUAUAGUAAAAAAGGAUAUUUGACCCAAAAAUGAAAAUUCUCUGA